GGUGGUAACAAAAAAAAAACAUAAAACGCGGAAAAAGACAGCGCCAGAGAAACAGUGAAAAAGAGAACAUACAUUUUACAUAUGUACAUACAUUUGUAUGGAAAGAAUGAAGAUUCUCAGAUCAGGGCGAGUUGUUGACAUUUUGAAUUAUGUGCAAAACGAGUGAGAAAUAAUUCAAUUAUUUUCGAGAACAAGUCGCAGCAGAAACUAUAGCUGUAGUAGAAUGAGCUGUGUUUGAUUAACAUAGUCAACAAGUGGAGUGCAACGAAAAUUCCAAAAAGAUUCCCAUAUAUCUAGAAUUGAAAUAUUCGUAACGGAAUUCGACUUUCCGUGUGCGAGAGGAGCGUAACGCGUUUCAAGCAGAGGCUCAUUAGUCUUACUUGCAUUAAAUUGCAUAACUCAGCAACAGUAACAGCUGAAGAAGAAUCAGAACCAGUACACGAUGAUGCUCAACUUACGUCACUGGUCAUUAAUGCUGGCCAUCGCUUCCUGCAUUGGCCCGGCCCCGGCCUCAACAACACACACAACGACAUCAUCUUUAUCCUCCAUACCAGGAAAAUACCAGGCCUUGGGUGCAGCAGCUCAACAACAGCCCAAGAAGCUUAAAAUAGGAGCUGAAGUUGGGGCGACAAUCAACGCUUCCUCAUUGGGGGCAGUCGGCGGCGGCCAUAAACCUGUAUUCCGGCAAAAUCCGAUCAAGAAUUGGCUUGGUUCCUUCAAUCGCAAUAAUUCGCCAGCAGCUCAGAACCAAACAUCUCCGACAUGUUCCUGCAGAUGUGGCGAGCGGAACGAUGAGUCAAGGAUCGUGGGAGGCACCACCGCUGGGGUCAGCGAGUACCCCUGGAUGGCUCGGCUGAGUUACUUCAACAGGUUCUAUUGUGGGGGGACAUUGAUUAACGAUCGCUACGUGCUGACAGCGGCGCACUGCGUCAAGGGCUUUAUGUGGUUUAUGAUCAAGGUGACCUUCGGAGAGCAUGACCGCUGCAACGACAAAGAGCGGCCCGAAACGCGCUUCGUACUGCGCGCCUUCAGCCAGAAAUUCAGCUUCUCCAACUUCGAUAAUGACAUUGCCUUGCUCCGACUGAACGACAGAGUGCCCAUCACCAGCUUCAUACGCCCUAUCUGCCUGCCACGCGUGGCGCAGCGCAACGAACUGUUUGUGGGUACCCGUGCUACCGCAACUGGCUGGGGAACCCUCAAGGAGGAUGGGAAGCCCUCCUGCCUGUUGCAGGAGGUUGAGGUGCCGGUUCUGGACAACGAGGAGUGUGUGGCCCAAACCAACUACACCCAGAAGAUGAUCACCAAGAACAUGAUGUGUUCCGGCUAUCCAGGAGUGGGUGGACGCGACAGCUGUCAGGGCGACUCCGGCGGGCCUUUGGUUCGAAUGCGCCCAGACGACAAACGCUUCGAGCAAAUCGGUAUCGUCUCCUGGGGAAAUGGAUGUGCGCGGCCUAACUAUCCGGGGGUCUACACUCGAGUGACCAAGUAUCUAGACUGGAUUGUGGAGAACUCGCGGGAUGGCUGCUUCUGCGACGAGGAUUACUGACUGUUAGUAACGGCAGUAAACCAUUCAUCGCACUAGUUGUAGUUUCUCUUUUAGUUGCGUAGUCCAUAUACAAUAUUCUUGUAUUAACCAAACUGAAUAAAGUUAAACAAUGCAGUAGAUAAGAUA